UUCUUACGAUAUUAUGGUAGCAACAAUAAAAACUAGUUGUCCAUAGUCAAUUUUUCCCCGAAGAUGCAUGCCUUAGUCCGAGCCUAAACUAAUUCUCUGUAGUUUCGAUAUUGUUACAAAAAGCCGAUUUCAGAUGAAGUGGUGCAAUACGUAUACGGCCAUUACGUCGUCACAAUCCAACACAUUUCUGUAAACGGUGGGACAGAAUUGGUAUUCAUAAAGAUGGAGUUUGUCAUGCAGAAAGUCGUAAAUUCCAAGGUAAUCGAAAUACACAUUGUAAUAGGACUAAGAUAACCCGGCUGGGAUAGCCUGCGUGAAUCGAGAAACUAUACGGUCUAAAUGUUGAUAUCAAGGGACUAAUACAAAUAUCCUUUGAUUUCCUCAGUGUCCAUUGUUUUCCUGUUUACAGCGUUUGAACUAUCGGGCCCGUUUGACACACCUACAUGUACCCCAUGUUCAUUUAUUUGGCCCUGUUUGACGUUACAUCGUUCAGAACUUUACCAAAGCCAUCCUGAAACACAACUGCAUGGCCUCUUUCUGGUUUGUAUCUUCACAGGUUGUGUGUGCCUUGGUUGCACUGAUGGGCCGUAAUCAUUAUAUUUAUAUGACAUCAGAACACUAGUGCAUAGGCGUGACUAUAAUCUGACAUCAUGCCUCACAUCCAAGUCAUUAGAACUCUUCUAAGAAAUCCGUCAUUCGACAACUACAUCUCCCGGGUCAAAGAGAAUCGCACAUUACGCCUAAUUAAAAGAGAAAUAGAUAUAUGUAUGGCUAUAUACAAUACACACCUAUAAUGUAGACUGGUUCAUAUCGCUUCUUUUACUUCUUUAAUCAAGAAACGAUUCACAGAGUUGUUUUAUUAUUCAUAGAAUGACUAACCGAAAUCAAUUGAAGAAUGCGCUGCUGCAACGCGUCUGAGUAUCGACCAAGCCAGAGAAACCAGUAUCUCACCCAGCAUCCGAGGUAGCACGACGCAAGUCCGCUAGCGCUGGCGAGAACUGACGAGAACUUUUCAUCGAAAGUCGAUUCGUUUGCCGUUUGGUGCCAAAUGUAGUCAGACUGUUCCAGGGCGACAAAGUUAAGUGUGUUAUGUCAGUAAAAUACUCGUGUGGUAUCAUAUAACGAGAAAAAGACCAACAUCUAUCAUGGAUACGCAGCUACUGACCCGACUGGCGUGGUGCGUGUUGGGGUGUGUAUUUCUAUCGUCAGUCUACGCCGCCGAUACCGUCACCAAAGACUCAGAAGAUAACCGAACGGUAGACGAUGUCAUUGAUUUGGACGAUUCCAGCAUCACAGGAAAUGAGUCGCUUCUGGAGGCAGCAGACGGAAAAAUCAUCUUCGAGACAUACCCCACAAAGCUGGUAGAAUCAUCACAUGACAUUAUCAGCGAUGACGUAGAUGGAUUUAUUGGUUCUGGUUCCGGUUUGGAGGAAGAACCGAGGAAUGUGACUGAAUUAGAGCCCUUCACGUCUCUGAAAACAUCAGGACCGAUAGACACUACGCCCUAUGCUACCUCGUCACAUGUGACCGAUGAACACGACGAUGAUGAUGUGGAGGCGUCGGCCAAUAUUGAGAUAGUUACUGCUAAAAGCGACGAGAGCGUCACCGAGGAACCAAGUGAAGAUGUCUUUGACGAUGCUGACAAAAUUCCAAGUUUCCUGAAACUCUGUGAGAAGAAAAACUGCAAAUAUGGAGGUGUCUGCGUUCGAACGGGAGAUGAAAAUGUUGACUGCGCAUGCCCAGUGCAGUGCGGAAAUGAGUUUGGGAAUCAGCUGUGUGGCUCUGACGGGUCACUCUACCCCAGUCCUUGUCACAUGGAACAACAGGCGUGCGAACAACAACAAAACAUCACCCGCGCUGAUUACCGGGCAUGUUCGCCAUAUGAGACUUUCUGCGAGGAGAACACAGCGCCAUCUUGGAGCUCGUGGUCAAUAUGGCUACAGUCAGGAAGUACUGACUUCCGGGUUCGGUAUUGCAAGAUCGGGGGCAGUGUUGCUGAAACCCAGGCCAACUGUGGGAACGACAGGAUCGAGGUCCGACCCUGUAAGAAACGGGACGUGAUGCCUUGCAGCUCGGAAUUCGGCGAGGAAAGUCAACAGUACGAGUACGAAUGUGCAGGAACGGAUAUGCAGGAUGUGCAAGCAAUCGGUUCGCCAUAUGAGACUUUCUGCGAGGAGAACACAGCGCCAUCUUGGAGCUCGUGGUCAAUAUGGCUACAGUCAGGAAGUACUGACUUCCGGGUUCGGUAUUGCAAGAUCGGGGGCAGUGUUGCUGAAACCCAGGCCAACUGUGGGAACGACAGGAUCGAGGUCCGACCCUGUAAGAAACGGGACGUGAUGCCUUGCAGCUCGGAAUUCGGCGAGGAAAGUCAACAGUACGAGUACGAAUGUGCAGGAACGGAUAUGCAGGAUGUGCAAGCAAUCG